GCCAGCAGAGCCCCGGAGCCGCGCCGAGGAGCUGCCCGGCCGCCUCCCGUCCUCCCGGGCUCCGCCAGCGCCCGAGCCCGGCGCCCGCGGCGGCCCAGCCAUGUCCGGCCGGGUGGAGAAAGCAGAUUCUCAGCGGUCUCACCUCUCUUCCUUCACCAUGAAGCUGAAGGACAAGUUCCACUCGCCCAAAAUAAAAAGGACGCCGUCGAAGAAGGGAAAGCAGCCUGACGUCGUGGUGAAAUCCCCCGAGAAGGCGGUGAACAAGAACUUAAGCUGGCUGGAAGAGAAGGAGAAGGACGUAGUGAGUGCCCUGCGCUACUUUAAGACCAUUGUGGACAAAAUGGCCAUUGAUAACAAGGUGUUGGAGAUGUUGCCAGGAUCAGCCAGCAAAGUUCUGGAAGCCAUCUUGCCUCUGGUUCAGACGGACCCACGGAUUCAGCAGAGUUCUGCCAUCACUUCCUGUUACAGCCGCGUGUAUCAGAGCUUGGGAAAUUUAAUCCGAUGGUCCGAUCAAGUGAUGCUGGAAGGCAUCAACGCUGAAGACAAAGAAGUGGUGAAUACAGUUAAGGGGGUUAUCAAGGCAGUUCUGGAUGGAGUUAAGGAGCUGGUGAAGCUCACAAUCGAGAAGCAGGAGCGCCCAUCUCCCACCAGCCCUGUCAAGCCCACCUUACCUGUGUCUACAGAAGACAGCCAGUUGGAGCUUCCCUUGACGGAUCGGGAGAUGGAGAUCCUCAACAAGACGGCCGGGAAGACUCCGACCGCAGAAGUGCCGGCUGAUGCCGCAGACGAAGAGAUCGCCCCACCCAAACCGCCCCUUCCUUGCAUUCGAGUGGCGGAAAACAGCCUCCCCCCAGCUCUGCCUCCUAAGAAACGCCAGUCGGUACCCUCCCCUACACGAGUGGCUAUCGUAGCCCCCAUGAGCCGAGCAACCAGUGGCUCCAGUUUACCCAUUGGGAUCAACAAACAGGAGUUUGAAAACGAUUGCUACCCCCAACGGAGGCUGUCGGGGGGCAGCCAGUCCUACGGAGGGGAAUCUCCCCGCCUCUCGCCCUACAGCAGCAUGGGGAAGCUAAGCAAGUCGGACGAACAGCUCUCCUCCUUGGAUUGCGACAGUGGGCAGUGCUCGCACAACACAAGCUGUGAAACGUUAGAUCAUUACGAUCCUGAUUACGAGUUCCUGCAGCAAGAUCUCUCGAACACGGACCAGAUCCCCCAGCCGGGACUCGGGGUGCUCAGCCCUUUGCCAGAGGGCCUGCGGGAAUCCGCCUCUCCGUUUCUUGGACCGCCUUUCCAACUUCCAGAGAAUUGUGUCUCCCCAGCCGCAGCUCCGGCGGUCGAGGUCCCCCCAGCUCUUCCCGAGAAGAAGCGGAGAGGGACGCCGGCUUCCUCCUUCGACGUCUCCGGUUGCCGGGUCCUCCUGGAGAGGCACCCUUCGCAGUACGACAAUAUUUCGGAGGAGGACUUAAGCGUCCCGCCCCUCCUGCCCUGGGUCUUCACCCCUUUUGCGGCUGUCCUGCCCUAUCAGCCUGGAAAGCCGGGGCCCCCCGUGGAAUUCCUGGCUGAUUUCUCCAGCCCCAACGCGCCCAGAGACUCCGAGGAGCCUCCACCCCUGCCCGAGAAGAAGAACAAACACAUGUUGGCCUAUAUGCAGUUCGUGGAAGACUACUCCGAACCUCAGCCUUCCAUGUUCUACCAAACCCCGCAGAACGAACACAUCUACCAGCAGAAGAAUAAGCACCUGAUGGAGGUUUAUGGGUUCAGUGAUUCCUUCAGCAGCACAGGCCAGGAUCUGGCCCCGCCUCCAGCUCUCCCACCCAAACAGAGACAACUGGAAACCCCAACGAUUAAGGACGACCACGCAAAAGAUUCUGCGUCUCUGAGUGAGACCCCAGGGAAGGAAAAGCGCGAGAAUGAAAGACCAGUGAAGUCCCAGGAAUCCUUGGAGAACCCUCCGAUGGACGAGGAGGAAGUGGACGAAUUGUCGCUAGUGAACCACAGCGAAAUCCUUGAAAGGCUGACCUUGAAACAGGAAGGGGAUGAUGGUCCAGACGUACGGGGUGGGUCGGGAGACAUCCUUCUGGUGCACGCGACAGAGACGGCCACUGUGGAGGGGACGGUAAAAGAUCUGGUGCUUUACUGUGAAGCCUUCUUGACAACAUACCGAACGUUUAUUUCCCCAGAAGAGCUUAUAAAAAAACUACAAUACCGCUAUGAGAAGUUCUGCCACUGUCCGGACAACAAUAAGAAACGAGUCAGCAAGAAUACGUUUUUCGUCCUGGUGAGAGUGGUGGAUGAACUAUGCUUGGUAGAGCUGACCGAAGAGAUCCUGAAGCUGUUGAUGGAGCUUGUCUUCCGCCUGGUGUGCAAUGGAGAACUCAGCCUCGCCCGAGUCUUGCGCAAAAAUAUCCUGGAUAAAGUCGACCAGAGGAAAAUGCUGCGUUACACCAACUCCAUCAAGCCUUUGGCGGCUCGAUGGGUGGCAGCCAGGCCUGGCACCCUCCAUGAUUUUCACAGCCAUGAAAUUUCAGAGCAGCUUACCCUCCUGGACGCGGAGCUGUUUUAUAAGAUUGAGAUUCCGGAAGUUCUACUCUGGGCAAAGGAACAGAACGAGGAGAAAAGCCCCAACUUGACACAGUUCACCGAGCACUUUAAUAAUAUGUCUUACUGGGUCCGUUCGAUCAUCAUGCAGCAGGAAAAGUCGCAGGACCGAGAGAGGCUGUUGCAGAAAUUUAUCAAAAUCAUGAAGCACUUACGGAAACUCAACAACUUCAACUCCUACUUGGCCAUCCUUUCCGCGCUGGAUUCGGCCCCCAUUCGGCGUCUCGAGUGGCAGAAACAGACCUCCGAGGGCUUGGCAGAGUAUUGUACCCUGAUUGACAGUUCGUCGUCCUUCCGGGCUUACCGAGCUGCGCUUUCUGAGGUCGAACCGCCUUGUAUCCCUUACCUGGGCCUGAUCCUGCAAGACCUGACCUUCGUGCACCUGGGAAACCCCGACUACAUCGAUGGCAAAGUCAACUUCUCCAAGCGGUGGCAACAGUUCAACAUCCUGGACAACAUGAGACGGUUCCAGCAAGUGCAUUACGAUAUCAAACGCAACGAUGACAUCAUUUCCUUCUUCAACGACUUCAGUGACCACCUGGCCGAGGAGGCAUUAUGGGAACUUUCGCUCAAAAUCAAACCCCGAAAUAUAACGCGGCGGAAAACAGACCGGGAAGAGAAGACUUAGAAAGGGGUGGGGGGUGGCAUGGGGGAGGAAGCAGGAAGGCCGUGGGCAUCCCAUUAGGACUGGCACAGAGCUCCAAGCCUUGGCACUCUGCGCAGAUCUCCAUCACUGCUGGGCUGUUGUACGUCAACCUCUUGGUCUGGAAAGUGAAGGACGGAAGAGAAGCCAAACGGGGGUCUUUCCGCCUCGCCAAAAGUCAAGUGAUACUUGCACCCGAGGUGUGUGUGUGUGUUUGUGUGUGUCUGUGUGUGUGUGUGAGAGAGAGAGAGAGAGAGAGAGGAACCAGUCAGCCUACAUGUUUGCACACUCAAGCAGAGAAGGGAGACAUGAACCUAUUAUCUCUUGCACGCCUGCCAUGAGGGUAACCAACGGAUGGGUUUGGCCAGGGGCAUUUCCUGAAGAGCGCGCCGAGGAGAAGCAUCUCGGAUACUUCCUCUCUAGGAGAAAACCUGGGGAAGAAAAGCAAGGCAGCUUUGGAAGGGAUGGAGGUAAAUUCUGGUCGCCCACCCACCCCCUUCCUUCAUUGGCAGAGGUGGUGUCGACGCCACAACACCACCGGGUGAAGUUCUUCCAGAGCCGGAAGUGGCUGAAGAAGUUGUGGAGGGCUUGGAUCCAGCUGUUCUUCUCCCCGUCUCUUCCGCAAGUUUGGAUCGCUUCCUCCUCCUGCCCGGAACCGGGGGCGUCAUAUCUCAACUCUCCACCCCGACCUCCGGAUUUCCACUGGGGGGGGGGGGGGGGGGGGGGGAAACGUCUUAAAUUGGCGACGGUACUAAGUUUGCAAAGGCAGUGAAUCUGUAGGAAAACACAGCCGCCUGUACAUACGGGGUUGUAGGAGCGUGGUGUUUUCGUUUUCAAUGUGCAUGUUUGAAUUCGCCUGUGGAUUUCUUUUUUCUUCCUUC